CCCUGAAGUGCUCCAUUACAAUUACUUCCCCUUCCUUUGUUCUGUACGUUCUUGCUCUCCCAACAUGCCUCUCAGUGUCCUCUGACCUGGAAGUCGUUUACAGGCCACGUGUGGGCCACAACUUGAAUAAUGUCCCUUGUAUUGCGGGGCUCCCAAAGGCCGAGCUGUGAGUGCUCCCAGAGACUCCGACCCACUGGGGAGCUGGGAGGCUGGGGUGGUCCUGCUGGCCUUAGCUGUAAGUGCAGAGCCAGCCAACCUGUAGUGCUGACAAGGUUGGAAAGUCUGAAUUUAAAAGGACUGACAGGUGGGAUAAAGUCAGAGUUUUAUGCUUUACCAAGCUGCUCCCCCAAAAGCUCUAAGGAAGGCUUCUCAGUCUUUUUAGCACAUGCUGUCUUUCAAGAAUUACUGCUACUCAGUACAUCUUAUCAUUAGACAGCCCUUUGAAGUAAUGAUAUUUAGUUAUUUAUCAGUUUUCAUAGAAACAAACCUCCUAGUGAAUGUCUCAUCCAGCACUAACCCUUCUCAGACUGUGUAACCUCUCCCAUCCAGGUUCUGCUCUGGCCGUUUGUCAUUACAGCACAGAUAGGUUAGGUCCUGAACAGAGUAUCCUUCUAGGGCUCUCAACACAGUACAUGCCGUGAAUAGGUUAGAGAGAUUAGAUUUUAUAAACCCUUUGCAUCUUGCCAAACUCUGCAUAAAGCAAAUGGGCGUGACUAUGCAUUUUCAUCACCCUAUUUUUUUUUCUUCCCAGCAUGUGUGAACUGUGUGCGGUGGUCAAACAGUGGGAUGUAUUUAGCUUCUGGGGGAGAUGACAAACUGAUUAUGGUGUGGAAGCGGGCUACGUACAUCGGCCCCAGCACUGUGUUCGGCUCCAGUGGUAAACUUGCCAACGUGGAGCAGUGGCGUUGUGUCUCCAUCCUCCGGAGUCACUCAGGCGAACUCCCCACGUUCUGCUGUUUAUCCUGGUGAACUGAAUCACUACCUUCAUCAGUGGAUCACUAAGUCCAUGUGAUGGACGUCGCAUGGUCUCCCCAUGACGCCUGGCUGGCCUCGUGCAGUGUGGACAACACUGUCGUCAUUUGGAACGCUGUCAAGUUCCCAGGUCUGGGCCCCCUCUGACCGGAACGGGCCACCCAGCAGAGCGCUGCCUGUUGGUGUCUGGGGCGGGGUGGGCGCAGGCCCCCUUCACCUGGUGGCAGCAGAAAUUCUGGCUACUCUGAGAGGUCACUCUGGCUUAGUAAAGGGGCUGACUUGGGACCCUGUUGGUAAAUACAUUGCCUCUCAAGCUGACGACCGCAGCCUGAAGGUGUGGAGGACACUGGACUGGCAGUUGGAGACCAGCAUCACCAAGCCUUUCGAUGAGUGUGGGGGGACAACGCAUGUGCUGCGGCUCAGCUGGUCACCUGACGGGCACUACCUGGUGUCUGCCCACGCCAUGAACAACUCCGGCCCCACCGCCCAGAUCAUCGAGAGGGAGGGCUGGAAGACCAACAUGGACUUUGUCGGCCACCGGAAGGCUGUGACCGUUGUGAAAUUCAACCCGAAAAUCUUCAAAAAGAAACAGAAGAAUGGGAGCUCCGCGAAGCCGAGCUGCCCCUACUGCUGCUGUGCGGUGGGCAGCAAGGACCGCUCCCUGUCCGUCUGGCUCACAUGUUUGAAACGGCCUCUGGUUGUCAUCCAUGAGCUGUUUGACAAGUCCAUCAUGGAUAUUUCCUGGACUCUGAAUGGGCUGGGCAUCCUGGUGUGCUCCAUGGAUGGCUCAGUGGCGUUCCUAGAUUUCUCCCAGGACGAGCUCGGAGACCCGCUGAGCGAGGAGGAAAAGAGCCGUAUUCACCAAUCCACCUAUGGCAAGAGUUUGGCCAUCAUGACUGAGGCCCAGCUGUCCACAGCUGUUAUCGAGAACCCUGAGAUGCUCAAGUACCAGCGCAGGCAGCACCAGCAGCCAGACCAGAAGGGCACCUCGGCGAGAGAGACAGGCGUCGCUGCCUCGGUCGCUGGCGUUGUCAAUGGGGAGAGUCUGGAGGACAUCAGGAAGAAUCUUUUGAAGAAACAAGUUGAGACUCGGACGGCAGAUGGUCGGAGAAGAAUCACACCUCUCUGCAUAGCACAGCUGGACACCGGGGACUUCUCCACGGCAUUCUUCAAUAGCAUCCCACUCUCGGGCUCCCUGGCAGGCACCAUGCUCUCCUCUCAUAGUGAUGCGCAGCUGCUGCCCCUGGACCCCAGUACCCCCAACUCCUUUGGCGCCUCGAAGCCUUCCACAGAGCCUGUGGUGGCAGCUGGUGUCAGGCCUGUGGGUGACUCUGUCAGUAAGGACAGUGUGAACGCUACCUCUGCUCCUGCUGUGUCUUCACCCUCCGUGUUAACAACCCCAUCCAAGAUCGAACCCAUGAAAGCGUUUGACUCCCGAUUCACGGAGCGGUCCAAGGCCACACCAGGUGCUCCUGCCCUGGCUAGUGUGACUGCGACGUCUGUGGAAAGGUUGAAAGAGCAGAGCCUCGUGAAAGAGCCGAGGCCCCGGGACCUGCUGGAGAGCAGCAGUGACAGCGACGAGAAGGUCCCUGUGGCCAAGCCGUCCUCACUGUCCAAGCGAAAACUGGAGCUUGAGGUGGAGACAGUGGAGAAGAAGAAGAAAGGGCGGCCUCGGAAGGACUCCCGGCUCCUGCCUGUGUCUCUGUCUGUCCAGUCGCCAGCUGCCCUGACUGCAGAGAAGGACGCUGUGUGCUUGUCUGUACCAGCACCUGCACUGAGGCUGCCUGUGCCGGGCCCCCAGAGAGCAUUCACCCUGCAGGUGAGCUCCGACCCCUCCAUGUACAUUGAGGUGGAGAACGAAGUGACCACCGUGGGGGGUGUGAAGCUGAGCCGCUUGAAGUGUAACCGGGAAGGGAAGGAGUGGGAGACGGUGCUCACCAGCCGGAUCCUCACCGCCGCCGGCAGCUGCGAUGUGGUGUGUGUGGCCUGUGAAAAGAGGAUGCUGUCAGUGUUCUCCGCCUGUGGUCGCCGCCUCCUCCCUCCCAUCCUCCUGCCGUCCCCUGUCUCCACUUUGCACUGCACGGGCUCCUACGUCAUGGCACUCACUGCUGCGGCCACACUGUCCGUCUGGGAUGUUCACAGGCAGGUAGUUGUGGUGAAAGAAGAGUCUCUCCACUCCAUCCUGGCAGGAAGUGAUAUGACAGUGUCACAGAUCUUGCUGACGCAGCACGGAAUCCCAGUGAUGAACCUGUCCGAUGGGAAAGCAUACUGCUUUGAUCCGUCACUUUCCACAUGGAACCUCGUUUCUGACAAGCAGGACUCCCUGGCCCAAUGUGCGGACUUCAGGAGCAGCCUGCCUCCCCAGGAUGCCAUGCUGUGCUCGGGACCCUUAGCCAUAGUCCAGGGUCGUGCCUCCACCUCGGGAAGGCAGGCAGCCCGGCUCUUCUCCGUGCCUCACGCGGUGCAGCGGGAGACCACCUUGGCCUACCUGGAGAGUCAGGUCGCAGCAGCGCUCACCCUGCGGUCCAGCCACGAGUACCGCCACUGGCUCCUCCUCUAUGCGAGGUACCUCGUGAAUGAAGGGUUUGAAUACCGACUCCGAGAAAUAUGCAAGGACUUACUGGGUCCGGUUCACUACUCCACUGGAAGCCAGUGGGAGUCAACGGUAGUGGGUCUGCGGAAGAGGGAGCUGCUGAAGGAGCUGCUGCCGGUCAUUGGGCAGAAUCUCCGCUUCCAGCGCCUCUUCACCGAGUGUCAGGAACAGCUUGACAUCCUGAGGGACAAGUAGCCUGCUGAGGUCUGCCCUGGCUGCAGCAAGGGCAGGGCCAUGCCCUCACCACUGGCAACGUGCAGGGCCUCCUCUCACCUCAUCUGCAAGUCACAGCAAGACGAGGAGACACUGGCAGGAGGUGGGCAGUCCAGCACCAGUGCUGGCCCCGCUUCCUGGGCCGACUUCCCCUGUGUCCUGGGCCUGGUGCUCCCUCAGAAGGGGGCACCUCUGCCCGCAAUUCACCCCUCCCUCCAGGAACCCCAUGUGGAGCUGGGGCUGGCACCCUGCCCUGCUGCCCCGGGGUCAGUGAGGCACUCCCGGGCCUGCCGUGACGAGCACGGUCCCAAGGUGGACACUAACUAGCCUCUGCCACUGCAGGUGCCGUGCUGCUUCAGCUAUGACAAAUGAGCCAUUUGUGAAAGAGAGAACCCUGAAACGUAGUGUAUUAUGCAGUCAGGAGACUGACUCAAGACCUUUGUAAAAGGAAAGGCUAUUCCGACACACAGACUAUUUUUGUACUAGAAUUUGCUAACUUGUAAUAUGGAAUUUUCUUUUUGGUCAAUAAUCAGGAUUUCCCUAUAAGUCACUUGGACAUUGGUCACUUGUAGGAAAUUUAAACUCUAAUUAUGACAGCUACAUUGAAACAUAAUUGUACUGAAAUUAACUUGUCUAUCUUCAUUUGGUUUUAAUUUUUAAAUGUUUGUAAAAAGAGUCUUUUUUGGGGGACGGGGCAGGGGGUGGGUGAUUUCUUUUGUAAGUGUAAAAUAAAUGAACACACGUUGGAUACCAAAUCACCCUGGCUGCCCCUGCCUUUUCCUUCUAACUGCACCUUCCUCCUGCAAUGGUGGAUCCCCCUCCUGAAAUGGGCCGUGAAAGAAGAUCGGAACCAGAAGGGGUCUUUGACGUCAUCUAAUAUCCCUGGCAUCUCCACACAGAAAUUCUCUUCACAAUGUGGAGGCCACUUCCCUGGACGUGUAGGAUCUCGGGCUGCACUGGGACCAGCAGGCAGGCCACCUGGCGUGUGUCUUUUCCCAAGCCAGGCAUCGAGGUCCUGGGUUCCGGCUGCCCGGAUCCCCAGGUCCUGAUCAUGCUCAGCACCAAGGGCUGCAGCUGACUUGCCAGUUUCACGGAAGGAAAUCAAUAGGUAAAGAUGUGAGUUUUCUGAAGAAUUAUCUAGGAGCCUGCAUUUCUUACCACAAGAGAAGAGAUAACUACAAUCACAGAAUCUUCAAGCGUGGUGAGGGCUGAGCAUCUUCACCGCUGGGUCCUAGACCUCUCUGUUGCCUCCCUGCCAGCCGUGUGGGACCCUGAGUCUGGGGAAGGAGGCCUGGACUUGGAAUUGGGACAUCUGGGUGACUCUGGCCACUGACAUCCCUCUAUGGCUGCUGCUUUGCCUAAUGGCCAUUUUAGCUUCCUGUCUGUUUAAUGUCAAAUGCCUGGAUAAGAUCCGGGCACACCUAAGUGCCAGACAAGCCAACGCAUGGAGUGCAUGUGGGCAUGGAUGCCUCAAAAGCCAAGCUGUAGUGUGAGCUUUUCUUUAAGGAAUGAGGAACCAGAGAUACUGUGCAAGUCAGGCAGUUACCCUGGCAACCCUGCAGAGCGGCAUUGAGAACCUGGGGAGCAGCAGCGAACAGCCUCAGGACUGACAGAGCUGUCUUAUGUCUAAACCAGCACAAAUCUGGGCUUCGCUGUCAAAUGGAAAUGAGGUUAAGAAAACCUGUGUGGCUGUGAGGACUGACAGGUCGUGUAAGCAAAGUCCUGGCUCAUAGCCAAUGCUUCCUUGAAGAAAACUCUCAACAACCAGUGUUUUUACUAUUUGGACAGGAGAGGAAGACAAAAAGCAAAAAGACUGUUCAGGGACUUCAUACUUCCAGCCAACAUGGGAUCACAGGGAGCAAACUGACCCCCUUGCCGAACAGCCAGAGGGACCAAUCAGAAUACAUGAAGCAGAGGUCUCAAGACAUCGCAUGUCAGAAAAUAAAGGACAGUGAUCCCCGGGAGAUGGAACACAAACAAGAUGAGCCCUGUGACUGCCCCAGCGUGCUACUGCAGAGAGAGCUUCUAGGCUGCAGCAAAGAGGGGAGAAGCUGUGGCAGAGCCCAGCACACUGGUGUUGCAGGAAUGAAUCUGAGGAGCCGGGAGAGCAAGACAGCUGGAGUUCACAGGACGAAGUAGCAGAAAGAAGAGCCCUCCAAGGAGAGAGGCUCUUGGAGGCCCUGCAGAGGGGACACCUUUGUAUGUUCUACUAAGUACUGAUAAGUACAUGCAUAUGAGGAAACGAGCAAGAUUGGACCACAAACCGUAUGAAAAGAUUAAAGUGAAAAUUGCCCAGUUAUCACCCAGGGAUAGGAAUAGUGCCUAUUCCCACCAAACAGACUAGAGAAGCUUGUAACACGAAGAUCUGGGGAAGAGCACCCAGGAAGUGUUGCCUCAGUACCGGAGAGUAGUUAGAGCGCUGUUCCAGAUCCAUCUAGCAAAAAUGAAAAGCAAGACCUGAGAGGAUUAAACUGUUUCCAAGUAAUUAAUUUCACUGCAAACCAAAGUUCAAGAGGAUUUAAAAGAAUACAAAAGUAUGCAACAUCCCAUGUUUGGCAUCCAAACAAAAGAUUACCAGGCAUACAAAGAAGCAGGAACAUGAUCCAAAAUGAGGAACAACCGAUCUUGACUGAUCAAUCAGAACUGACCCAGAAUUUACACAGAUAUUAGAGUUGGCAGAGAAGAACAUUAAAAUAGUUGUAACACUACCUUUCAUGUUCAAAAGUGGCUACAUAGAAGACCGUAACAAGAAAGUCACAUCAAAUUUCUAGAGGUGGGAACUAUAACAUGGAGAUGAAAACAUGCAAAGGGGAAUAGGAUGAAUGGCAGAUUAGACACUGCAGAAGAAAAGAUUAGUGAACUUGAAGGCAUAGAAAUAAAAAUAUCCCAAAACAAAAAAAAAAAAAAUCCACAAGAGAAAAGAAAAGAAAAUAGCAUCAGUAAGCCACAGGACAACAUCGAAUGGCCUAAUAUGCAAGUAAUUGAAAUCUUCAAAGAAGAGGUAAGAGAAGCGGAUGAAAAAAAUAUUUGGAUAUAAUAAUGGCUGAAAACUUGCCCUAUCCCUUCCCACUUCCUUGUGCCCCUGCAAAUGCCCACUGUUUCCUCCUUACCCUUACCCCUCAUGCCCAUGCCUGCUAACCUCACUACCCCUGUCCACUGAUGCCCCACACCUUUUCACUACCCUUGCCCACAAACCUUGUUUGCAAGCAGAACAUGGGGACCUGUGUCUUCCUGGGUUGGGACUCCCUGCCUCUUCUAAACGUUCUGACUUGACUGCCUCGAGCACCUCCCAGCUUCAGCCUCCAGAUCACAUGUAAGGUGAGUCUGCUGGUGCAGCAAGGGUCUGGGCACGCACACAGAAGGCACCUCAGGAAAGAGCGCAGCCCCUCCUCUCUCUCUAUUGGAUCUGCUGUCCCUCUCCUCUCACAUGGUAAAUAUUUUCUCCAGAUCAUUCAUCUUUCAAUUUUAUUUUUGUGUUGACUUGUUUCUGAUUUUUGUGAAGGUUAAUUGUUCUUUUGUAAUUUAAUUAUUCUAAGCUUAGGACACUUCAAAGAUAUAUGGAUGACAACUAAAAUAAGCAUAUGAAAAGGUGUUCAACAACACUGGUCAUUCAGAAAGUUCCAAUUAAAUGACAUAACACAUACCUAUUAGAAUGUCUUAAAUUUUAAGAAAAAUAUUUUUCAGUAAUUAUAGGCAAUAAAGUCUUGUUUUCUGGCUAUUUUGUAGUUCGCCUGUUCACUCCUUCCUCUCCUGCUGCUUUCCUUUGUGAAUUGAUGAUUUUCAAUAGUGACAUGCUUUGACUCCCUUCUCUUAUUUUUGUGAAUCUACUGUAGGCUUUUCUACUGUAGAGGCUUCCACAAAACAUUUGUAGAUACAUCUUCCGUGAGUCUACUGUAGAUUUUUGUGUUGUGUUUACAAUGAGGCUUACAUAAAAUAAUUUGUAGACAUAAGUCUGUUUUGAUGUUGAUAACUUCAAUCACAUGUAAAACCUAUCCUUUUACUGCCCUCUUUACAUUUUUUAUGUCACAAUUUAACUUAUAUUGUGUAUUCAUUAACAAAUUAUUUUUUAGUUAAAGUUAUUUUAAAUCCUCUCCUUUAAUCUUCAUACCAGAAUUAACUGGUUAAUGCCACCAAUUCACAGUAUUAGAGUAUUCUGAAUCAUGCCUACCUUUUCCAGUGUGUUGUGUAUUUUUCAAAGGUUUUCGUGUUCCUAAUUAGUGUCCUUUCAUUUCAGCGUGCAGAGCUCCUUUCAGCAUUUCUUGUGUGUCUCAUGGUGAUGAACUCCCUCAGCUGCUGUCUAGGAGCAUCUUCAGCUUUCCAUUGUGAAGGACAGCUUUGCUGGAUAUAGUAUUCUUGGUGGCUUUUGUUUUUCUUUCAGCAUUUUGAAUAUAUCCCACUCUCUCCUGGCCUGUAAGGUUUCUGCUGAGAAACCCCCAUGAGGCUAUCAGCUGGCUUUCUGUGUGUGUUUACUAGCUGUCUUCCAAAACUCACUCUGACCACCACCACAGCGGGAGUACGCACAGGGAACCAGCCACAGGAUGGUUGGCAGGGGUGUGGUGAUACAGAGAUACAAGGUGCUGGGAGUGUCCGUGGGCCAGUCAGCGCAUCCACGGGCGAGGCAUCCCUGGUAGUGGUGUAUGUGAUAGAGUCUGUGAUGUGGUCAGUGGGGCCUUUAUCUCUUCAAUGCCCUUCAGCAUCCUAUCUGUCACUCUCCAGCCUCUUCCUGCCUCCCCAGGCUCGCACCUCAUGGUUCAGUAUUCUAGAUGGGGAGAGGGGGAGGGCAAAUGACCUGACUAGCAGCACUCUGCACAGCUGAGAAAGCAGGUGCUCACUCAACAUUCUUACCUUCCCCUGCAGGAGAAAUCAUGGGGCGAGAGGAUCCCUUGGCCCUGAGCUUGGCUACCUUGAGGAAGGGGCAAUGCCGGUAAGUCAAAUUGUUCCUCUUAUUCUCUCCAGCGCAUCCACAUUCAUAUUUUUUUGCUUCAACAGGGUUGGAAUUCUCCACUGGAAAUUUAGUCUUCCGCAAAGACUCUCAUUUAUGAGUGAAUGCCUAAGACAUGUCUGCUGGGGCUCCUGGACCAUAGCCAAGAAGGGCUGGAGCCAGUUCUUGGGCCAUCACAAGGUCCACAGCUAGGACCAAGGUCUGGAUGCCUACUACCUGACCCACUGAUGGGCAAGAUUUCUGGGUUCAUUGGCAGGUGGUGCUGGACCUCAGUUCCCACGGAGUCUCAUUUGUCCAUGGAUGGAUGUCAAAUUGUUGGUGGUGGUGGAGACACAAACAAGGGACGUCUUAUUCAGCCAUACUGCUCAUGUCAGCUCCUUUCUUCUAAUAGAAGCACUUACUGUUAUUAAUUUCCCUCUCAAUACUGCUUUGGCUGCAUCCCAGAAAUUUUGUUAUGUCUUGUUUUCAUUUUUGUUCCAUUCAGUUUUUUUUUAAUUCCCUUGAGCCUCUGUCUCUCACCCAUGGAUGUUUAGAGGCAUGUUGUUCGGCUCCCGAGUGCUUGGAGACACCCCGCUGCCUCCCUGCUGUUGAUUUCUAGUUCGCUCAGCACAUUUGGGGUUGAAUGAGUUCGUAUUAUGACCCAGUAUAUGGUCUCUUGGUUUGUACUUUAUAGGUGCUUGAGAAGACUGUGCAUUUCAUUGUUGAAUGCAGUAUUCUGUGCAAUUCUAUGAGAUCUUGUUGGUUUCUCUUUUCUCUUAGCUGAUAUUAAAAAGCGAUUGUAUAAAACAGUAUGUAUAUAAUGUAUUAUUGGGCAUAUAGGUUACAGAAAUGUAAAAUACUUGCCAAUAACAAAACAAAAGAGGUGGGUGGAAUGAAGCAGUAUUGGACUAAGGAAAUUACUCCAGAUGGCAAGUCAGAUACAAAAGAACAAAUA